AAGUGGGAAGAAGUGGGCUAGUUGGUCAAGUGACAUGGGUGAAGUGGGCAAACGUGGGCAACUACUUUCUGGAGACGUGGGAAAUGUGGGAAAAUAUGGGAAACAGGGGAAACAUGGGAAGAAUGGGGUGAAUUUGUUUUUGUAGCGCAGUCAUACUAAGAUGGGGAAUGCAUAAGGUGAGGAACAUUUCAGCUUGAAUAUUAUACAAUUUGUCUGUAAUCAUUAUGAAUUGGCAUGAAGACAAAUGGUGACGAUUUCAUUUCAAUCAUUUUGACACGUUUGUUUAUGUGAAUUCAAACUGUGGUUUGACUUCCGAAGCCGCGAUUACAAAUUCUUCGUCGUGCACCCCUGACUAAAUACAGUUACCCUUAUGGAGCGCGUAAAUGCGGAAGUUAAGAUUUUGUCAACUGGGUUAAAGUAUCUUUCACGUUAUGUGACACAACAAGAACGUCAGUUAGAUUCAGCAGUAAGUCUACAACUCAUGUUAUUUUCUUUUGGUUGUUUUGUGUUCACGUUUAGUUAUCAGACGGUCUGUGCUUUUCUACAUAUCAAUCACUGUCAACGUUUGCUAUUGUAUUGUUCUUAUAAGUGGUGUUUCCCAAAUUACGUCAUCCUUGACGUAUACUUGAUAUUUGGCUAUUGAUCAAAGGAUGUGUGUACUGUGCAGUAGAGUUCUUUCUUGACCUCUUUUUGUGGUUGUGACACAUGGUCAUUGGAAGUAGAAGACUUGGGAAGGGUAGUUGUUUGCGCUCUAUCUCCCGUGUUCAUUGGUAUACUAUGUUGGGAAAGAUCACUACUCUUGAAGAACAGUUGUCUGCUCAUCUGUCAAAGUGUACACCUUCUUCACCGUGUACACAACGAUCUAUAGGCUGUCAGACUUCGCCAAAAUCGAAACCUUCAGUUACACUGUCAUCAAGUCGAAAGCAUUCAGUCACUUUAUCGCCUGACAUGAAUGAUGUCUCUUCUUCUUCUUCAAGAAGUAGUGUCAGCAAAUCCUUUAAUGGCACAAUACAAUGGCUUCAAACAGCAUCCAAUUCAGUGGACAAGGAUACACCAAAAAUUUCUAACAAACUGGAGAUUAAUAAAUGUCAGGCUGUCAACUCGCUUUCCUCUCAAAGAGUUGUGACUACUCCUGUGGCAAAGAAAAGACGACGCUCAUCAAUUGUACCUCGUUCACUUCGUAGAAGGAGGAAAUGAAUGAAAUCCCGUCAACUUCGAGAAUACAGAUUAUUCUUCAUCAAUCAAUCAACCCGGUUAUAGUACUAAAACUUCUUUGGGCUAUUGUAGCUCAUUUUAAACCAGCAUUUAUUAUUGUUGUUAACAUUUGCAUUUUAUAUAUAUAUAUAUAUAUAUAUAUAUAUAUAGAGAGAGAGAGAGAGAGAGAGAGAGGGAGAUGUACAACACAAAUGGUUUUAUUCCACUUCGUGUUUAUUAUUAUAAUUACUAUUUCCUUACUGCCCUUUUUUGUUGUCAUACUAAGAGAACAGAUUAAACUAUUUUUGUGAUCAGAGUGAUCUGUUAUCCUUUUUAAAUGAAUGAAUGAAUGGAUGGAGUUGAUCCAGUUGUUUAGUGUUCAUUUGGUUGUGUAUGUGUGUGUCUGUUUCUGAACGUUAUCAACGGACAUGUGUUACGUAUGCCAAGCCAUCGCCUCCCUCGACUAGCUAUGUUAGCGGAUAUAGGGUCAGGCUGGAAAAAAGCUAGCGGCGGUCAAACAAAAACUUGGCAUCAGUCAAUGAAAUCCACAACAGUUGGUCUAAGCCACGUAGGAAGGUGUAGACUUCCAGGCUGGGGUCCUCGGGACGGUAAAAAUCUAUGGUUGGAAACAAUUGGUGACAUGGCUCAAAACCGUUCUCAGUGGCGCAGAUGCAUCCACUCCCUGUGACUUAUGAUCUUCAAUGAAACUGUUUUGUAUUUCUUUAUUACUCCUUUGUCUCUUACCUCUGCUCACUGUUUCUAUUAUGCUUUUCUUGUACUUUCUUCUCUUGCUUCGCGUGCUACACGGAAUGUGGCGACUUGAACUUCCGCACAUUUGUGCAAAGUUCUAUGUCGAAAACAGACAGACA